AUGACCCAGGCAGCGCUGGGAAGCGACUCCCACGAGCGCACAGGUCGCCGAAGGCCCUUCUCUACCUGGGUGAAGAAGCUUGCCAACUUCAAGAACGGCUCCUCGUCGGCCGAGGGAAGCAAGCAUGGCCACUCGAAACGCGACCAGCUCAAGGCCUCCAAGAAACGGCCCUCGAAACAGAACAACCCAUACCCGCAGUCCGGCUGCAUUGCGCCGCCUCGCCACCACAGCCAACCUUCGUUGUCUACGAACCACACAGGCGUGACCACGGACAUGUCCCCCGAGCAGAGCCGGACAUCACUGAACUCGUCGGUGGACGGCCACGCGCCCCCCACUGCCGGUGGCCUCUCCAUGGCCGGCACCGUCUCGACCGACCACGAAGCCUCGCGCUCCAUCAAUGCCCCAUCCCACAUGACGUCCUCGGUCGGGGGAACCAGCAGAACGGCCAACGGUAGAAAGGGAGGAGACAGCACGUUUUCGUCUCCGGCCCCCUCGGUACGGUCUCUAACCACCACUUUGACCACCAUUCAGUCCAUGGCUGUCAAUGGCAACCAACACCAAGGACAAUCGUCGACCCACCAUCAAAAUAGCAACUCUCAGAACAUACAGUUCAGCCAGCCCUUUCCCACGGCGUCUCCAGCCUCAGCUAUCCCCGCACACCUUGCACCGCAUGUGCCCGGGGGCCAGCCCGCCACGUAUCAAUCCGCCACCGCCAAUAACCUCUUGACCGACAAUGCUUCGAUACUUACCUUGGCAUCGUCUACCAAGCGGAGGCGGCGAAGGUCGUUUGACACGGACGCUUCAGUCCGCGCCAUGGCACCAUCCUCCCUCUGGGGCGGGUCGAGAGAGAGUCUGCCUUUGAGCAUCCUUAGCGCCAACAUGGAUGGUAUACCCGCGACUCCCGGUCUACAUCAGACCUCCUCGAGGAUCGGAGCGGGCAACGAACGGAACAGUAUAUAUUCGACCACCGGCAUUGCCCCUGCGCUCCCAAGCGAGAGGAACAGCUUCUACGCAAAACAAAGUAUUGCUGGGGACGCCGCAAGUGUGCGCAGUGGGCUCUAUGGACAUGGUCGGGCCGAGAGCAUCAGCGGCAGCGUCGCGGGCGUGGCCAGCCCGCUGGCCAGUCCUCGUGAGAUGCUUGAGAGAGGUCCCUUUGCUGAGAAGGACGAGAAUCAUGCACUCGAUGGUCAGGAGAAGGAGUAG